AUGGAAGAAUCGGCGCCGAAGCGAAGGCGUACAUCGCCCAGCACCUCACACAAUGUCGGCGCAUCAGAGCAAGAACCCGCGUCACCUCGAAGAAGACGUCCAUCUUAUGCUUCACCCACCAUGGCGAGCAUGUCACGGAACAACCCCGAAGCUUUUGAAAGAGCAAGAUCAAGAUCAAGAUCUAGGUCACCGGUGAAAUUACCGACCAAUCGACGGUCGUCGGCAUUUACUUUUGAUAGCCCCUCGGAAGCUCUUGCUGCGCGCUUGGCGACGAGUAGGAUCGUUAGUGAUGCUCCUACGCCAACGCGCCCUGAGGAUGGAUCGCUUAGACGUGUGAGUGGUGGGAUGGCUUCUGCUGCUAGACGUAGCCCGUCGAAGUCUGGAGGUCGACCUGCGCCUAUGGAGGAUGAAGGGUUCAAUCCUUUUAAGCGUGGAGGAUUGAGGAGAUCACCGCCGGCUGGUGCACCUCAAGUAGCUGCGCCCGUUCCAUCGCCAGAGGAUGAGAACUUCAAUCCGUUCAAACGUGGAGGACUACGAAGAUCGCCGCCUGCUGGAGUACGAAUGGAUAUUGAUGCGCCGCCUGCUUCAAUGCCUGAGCCUCAAUUACCGCCAGCAGUACAAGCUUCGUCACCACCUGCUCCGCCAGCGUCCAUGCCAAAUCCUCAGAUUGGACCACCUACGGAUGAACCUAUGGUGGAACCAGAGGACGAAUCACCUGUUCCUUCAGACGAACCUGCGCCCCCUGAGGAACCGUCCAUAGCCAGGUCUACUUCACCAGUCGCAAGUCCAUCACCGGCUCGGUCAUUCUCGUCACUUAAUAUCCAGCUGCCACCUCGAUCGUCGUCUGAGGUCCGAUCACCCUCUCCUGCUCAGUCAUCACCAAUCCAGAACCCAGCGCCAGAACAACAAGCCGAACCCGAACAAGGACCCGAGUCGGAGCCAUCUUCUGAACCAGUGUCGGAACCGGUCUCGGAACCUGAGCCUGCAUCUGCGCCAGCCCCCGAAGCAGGACGAGACUCACCAAGCCCACCACCACCUUUACCGGAAUUCUCGCCCUCACCUCCACCGGCUUCUAUGCCACCACCGAAAUUACCACCUUUGUCCCAGUCAAACCCUCAAAACAAAGCUCCAUCAGCAUCACAGCCCGUACCUAGACUACCGCCGCCAGAUAAUGGACCACGAAAAAGCUUUCAAAACAGCCCGGUUAGGUUCCGUGAGCUAUCACAGCAACGCGAUUCACCACUGGCAAGACCACCCUCACGACUUUUCGAGAAGCCAAGGAAGACCUUCAACCAGGCCACAUCAGGCUCUCAACAAAGAAAGCCAGUCGCGCCAACAGACACUGGACCAAGACAACCGCGCCCAUUUGAUCCCAAUGCAGAGAAAAAGAAGGAACGAGAGAGGAUCCAAAAAGAAAUUGAGUCUCUGCAGAAGGAUCUUCAAGUCGCACAAAGGGAGAACGAGCGUAUUCGCGUAAUGCAAGAGUCUGGUCGCACUCUUGCGCCUACAGAUCAGGAUGAAGUCAUCGACUUGAUCCAGCGACAUCUUAUGGAUGGAAAUGCGGAGCCUGCCCAAACAGCAACGAAGUCGUUACUACACGCAGCAUUAAACCCUACUGCCAUGCUACCAUUCGGCAAGACUAUUGCCCCAGCACCCUCGACGCCUGUCGAAGAUAAGUUGGCAUAUAUCAAGUCGCAUUACCCCGUCCCAAUGACGGCAGACGAAGAACUGCCUUAUCUCCAGCUGUUUACACCAUUCACGGCAUCGUCUACUAUCUCGAUUCUGCAGCAAACCGACGACGAGCCUUUCAGACAGCGUCAUUCCAUAGUCCUUCGAUCGCGCGAGAUCCCUGGAGUUUUCACAGCCAAGGUUGAGAUGACUGUCGAUCCCCUUCAGCUUUCGGUCCUCGAUCUUAACGUCACGACGUUAGAGCCCGCUGCAAAGCCUGAACUCGGCCCAUUUGUUCAGAAGAUCUGCACUGGCGACUGCAACCGUUCCAUGCAGCGCAAUGUGGGUAUUCUGUCUUGGGCAAUGGGAGAGUGGCUUCGCAUUGCUGUCGAGCGAGCAGGCUUUUGGUGUCAGUUGGAACAAACUCUGGGUACCAAGGAUGGCAUCUCGGAGGCUACAAGGCAAAUGCGCACCAGAAAACCAAGAAGGAGAAAAGACGACGAUGAAGAUGAAGACAUGGACGAGACAACACGAAUCGAGUUUGUUAAGAAGGCUGACCUUAUCCGCUAUAUGGGCCAGCAACAUUUUGACCUAUCGAUACCAUACAACGAUGCUGGGGAAUCCGGUGCUACUAUACGGUUAAAUUGGGUGGUAGACUUUGACUGGACGGGAGAAGCACAAAACAAACUCUCCGUCCUGGUCGGCGCCCCAGGCAAAUGGCACCAAACAGACGAACGCGGAGUUCUUGGAAAGAUCCCCAAGCUUUUUGAAGAACUUGUACAUGGCCAAGGAGACACAGAAACAGCUAUACGAACAAUCGUGGCGCUCAUUGCCGGAGAGCAAUCAUGA